AUGAACGGCGGGCAGAGCGGGAGAGUAGCUGCGGUUGUGGUCGGCCCCCUGGGACGAGAAAGGUGUAACAGAAUCGGAAUGGUCAAGGGUGAAAGCGGGAAGCCAGAAAAGAGCGUCUGCGUAGAACCAGUCCAAGAAUCGGCGGACGAACGAACGGUAAAGACCUCGAGGGCGAUGGCGACUGGGCCUCGGUCGGGUCGAAGGGGAUGAAGACGGACAAGAAGAAGGAAGCGAACGGGAACGGGAACGACGGCGAGAGGAAAAGUCGGUUGGCAGCGCGGGCGCUG